AGAAGCAACUCUGAAUACUGCACAAAGCAGAAGCUGUUGAAUAUAGAUGCUUCAACUGCUCCUUGAACAAACGUAGGAUGCCCAGAAGAGCUUCUUCACUGCUAAAUACCUGCUGAGCGAAGGCAGAACUGGGCCUGAAGACCAUGGACGCAGAAUGGAAAGCCAGAAGUGUGCUGAAAAGCUGCAAGACAAAAAUAGCAGUGAUAUGCCACAAUGUGCUAAAAUGACACUUUUCCUGUUUCUUAAGACUACUGCAGCAAGAUGUUGAACAGUGACAUGAUGAUGAGGAGGAGGGAGGAAGAGUAGAUGAACUGGUGAGCAAACUGGGAGGGAGGCAGUGACUGGGUGACAACAGUCAGCAGCAUUACUGGACUGACAUCUGUUGUCUAACUUUGUUUUAAUGAAGUAAAUCUGACCGACUGCAGCAACAUUAUGUAGGAAAACCUGCUGAGAGAAGAAAUGGGCCUGGUUCUGAUUCGUCAAACAGCAUCAGGUCCAAACUACAUCGUGUUCUGACAGAACAUCCUUCAUCAUAGUAUAAAAUAUGAUUCAUCCCUGUCUAGCUUCAGUAUUUAUCAGUAAUGCAGCCAUAUUUAAACCCAUAUACCCAAAAAUAUAAAGAAUAUAUGAAAUAUGAUUCAAUCUAAAAGAGACAUUUUUCAUGUCUGCAUGCAGGGAGUUGACCUGGAUUUAUUAGAACCUCUAGUUUAUCUCUACUCUUGUUUACCAUUCUAAUGCUACUGAACGCAAACAUGCAUAAGGAUCAUGUCUGACCCCUCAUGGUGGUCCACCUGGACCAACAUGGCCCGGGCCAGUCCCAGUCCAGCAUGCUGGGACCAGUAAAUGUUCUGUUCCAUUCUAGUUAUGAUAUCACAUCCAACCCCAGUGGGUUCUGAUAUUCUGCUGGUUCAGAUGAUGUUUCCCUGCUGUUUUUCUGGUCUUCACCCUCAUUCUUAUCGUCUGACUGUUGCUAAACAGCGCCGCCUUCAGGCCGCCAAAGCAGGAACCAUUUCAUGCAGAUACGGGCGGAGACCAAAGAUCAAACCAUCACUGCUAGAUGGUGUUGGUUAAUCUUGACCUAUUGACCCCUAUACGGCGCCGCUGGCUGUAGGUUUGGUUUCCUGGACUGGGAGGUUCAGGUUAGCGGAGAGCAGACUGGUGAGGAGGAUGAAAGGGGUGAACUUGGGUCAGGGCGGGUCUCUUCCUGGUUUCGUCUGAGAAGGAGCUUCAUGUUCAGCCAGAUUUUCCCACAGAUGUGAAGCAUCAGGUCGAUGCCAAAAGUUUUACGGUUUUUAAAGUUGAAACUUAUUUUAACACCCAGAGGACACAUCCUGAUAACACGGAGAGAAAUGAGCUUCAGCUGCCUGGGACUGUCGGAACCGAACCUUUAAACUGAUCCAACACAUGUUCCCGAUCUUGCUGCAGAGCAACACCGAGCAGCAAAGGAGCCUGCUGCUGGCAGGAACAGGACCAGCUACAGCAGAACUAAACUAAUCCAUUUGGUCUCUUCUAACUUUGCUCUCAGACCGCUGACAGUGGAUCAAAAUGAGCCAAUCAGGAACUGAGAAUUGGACUACAGAAGAUGUUCACCACUGGCUCAUGAUGGAAGUCAAAGUAUCUCAGAGCUGUGCUGACAGAUUCAUUAAGGAAGAAGUGUUGGGAGAAUAUUUAGUCUCCUUCAAAAAGACAGAUAUUCUGGAUUUAGGAAUUAGACAUGGUCCUGCUGUGAAGAUCACGUGCUUUCUGAAAAGUCUGACUGAAGCAUCAGAGCAUCGAUCAGAAUAUCCUGCAUAUGUGGAAGCUUGGACAAAGGAGCAGGUGAGCCAGUGGUUACUGCAGCAUGUGAAGAUCUACCCCAAAUACGCACGACGACUUCUGGACGAAGAUGUUUCUGGAGAUUGCCUGGUUUGCUUUAGGAAGCAGGACCUUCUGGAUCUAAAUGUGAAAAGUGGUCCUGCUGUGAAGAUUAUAGCAGAACUGGAAAAGCUGAACAACAGACCAGAACCAACCCUGAAACCCAUCACGGACCAAAGAGAAGGAGAUGAAUGUGUUGAGCCUGAGAACAAUCUGCUUCACACUUUGGCAAAUGAAGAAGACCUGAAGAGAAAAACUGAAUCACAUGAUACAUCUGUAAGAGCUUCAAUAAAGGCAGAAGAAGAGCCUGUAGGAGCAAUGCAUAAAACUUCUGAGAACACACCCCAGUCAGAGUCUCCACAGAUCACUUUGGUGAUCAAGAACGUCUUGGAUGACCUUCUGAAACAUGACUUGAAGAAUUUUCAUUUCCAUUUAAGGGCCCAUACAAAAUCUAAGAAUAAAUCUGUUCUUCGUGGACAACUGGAAGGCAAAGACACACUGGACACUGCCCAGUUACUGACUGGUCAUUAUGGGAGUCAGGAGGCUUUAUUGGUCACAAGAGACAUUCUGGAAGAAAUCAACCAGCGUGAACUUGUUCGCCAGCUGGAAAGAAGUAUGGGUCUUCUGGAGCAGUCGUGUCUUCCCAGAGACAUUAUGAAGAAAGAAGCUAACCAAGGAGAUAAACUAAAGACCUUAAUAACCUGUGGUGGAAACACACUAGACAGUUAUGACAGAUUUGUCAUUGUUGUAAACAAAAGCAGUCCAGAACAGAUUCAGUAUCUCCACUUUCUAAGUAAAUUGAAACUUUUCUGCGUGUUGGACUUUGACUCAGACUCUGUGGCUUUAGGUGGACUGUGUCAUUCGUACAGAGAGUCCAGGGUUGCUAACCUGCAUUUGCCAUCACAAUUUCAGGGACAGACAGAGACUGUUAUAAAGGAGCUCAACCUCUACCUCCAGACCAGUUGGGUCUUCUGCAAUGGUAGACAUGACCUUGAUGGCAACCGCAACAACGAGUUAGAUUAUAGGAACUGGCUGAGGAAGACUUGCAGAGAUGUGGAACAGUUGGUUUCAUUAAUCUGCAACCCUGAUGUUUUUCUCAAUGGAAGAUGCCUGAUUAUAUUCCUCCUUCUCUCCCCUGUGGACACAGAGAAAGACCCGGUCUUUGAUACCUACAAGUCUUUCAUCAAACACACAGAGGAAUGUAACAUCAUAAGUAUUUGUGAAUCUCAGAGUACGUAUUUGAAAUGGAGGGAACUUAUAAAGGAAAAGUGUGACUUUGACAUUGAACAUUUGUCCAUAAAUGAGCUAACUCUAAGUGAGAUCAAUGGAACCAUAAUGGGCCUGGGUCCAGUGACUCAGUCAUCUCCAAGGCUGCUUCCGUCCUGUGGUUCCAGUGCUGUUAUGCUGAAACAGAAGGAUGAAGAUCUACUGACAGCUCUGGAUGUUUUGUGUCUGAAUCAGUGUGAAAACAUCUAUGAUGAAAGCAGUUCAGAGUUUCAUGACUUCAGAAUUAAAGUUGAGGAGGAGUUCUACAGAGGAGCCAAAGUGCAAUGGUGGAACUUCUACUUUUGUGACAAAGACACGGAGAAGCCUUUUAUCAAGAGAGACAAGUAUGACAAUAUGAAGAAAAUGAUCAGAUCAGAGAGAACACAUUCAAGCAACACCUGUGUUCUGGUGAGACUGUUUCACGACCCAGGAUGUGGUGGUACCACCUUAGCGAUGCACGUGAUGUGGGACCUCUGUCAGGAGUUCAGAUGUGCUGUUCUGAAAGACAACACGGUGCCAAAAACAGAGGUGGCUAACCAAGUCCGACGUCUGAUGAAGCUGGAAAGUGAGAGACCAUCGCCGGUUCUGCUGAUGGUCGAUGACUCAAAGGAAAAAGAAAACCCAUUUGAUCUGCUGAACUGCAUCCGCCAAGCUGUGGAGGAUUUAUCAGUCGUUCAUCUGGAUGAUGCUCAAAACUGUAAAGUUAUCAUCCUCAACUGUGUUCGUUCCCAUAACCCGGUAGAGCAAUACAGACGGCACAACCAAUCCCAAAACCAGCUGCUAACCGCCAAACUCAAGCCCCAAGAGCAGAAAGAGUUUGAAAAGAAACUUAAAGAGCUCAAAGAAACCCAUGACAAACCUGAAAACUUCUACAUCUUCAUGUUCAUGAAGAACAACUUUGACAGAAAAUACACUAAAAAUCUUGCUCAUAACACACUGGAGAACUUUGACUUCAGCACCAAGAAGGCCAAACUCUUUUCCUUUCUGGCCUUACUCAACACAUACGUUGCAAAAUCAGAAAUUGCUCUGUCUCUCUGUGAGGAUUUCAUUCAGAUGAAGAUGUUUCACUGGAAAGAAGACAGUGUUCUAGAUAGAAUGAAGCCAUAUUCCAACUUUCUCAUCAUAGACUCAGUUGAUGAAUGGGGUGGAUACAAAGGAAUCAGAAUCCUUCAUCAUGCAAUAGCAUCUGCCUGUCUGGAAGAGCUGGAGAGAAGUUAUUCCCUGAAAGUCAGUGAUAUUGUGACUGAAAUCCUCCAUUAUGACCUGUUCUUCAGUGUUAGAGUUGUUAAACAAAGACUGAUGCUUUCAAUUCAACGAAUGUUGAUAGAAAGGCAGCAGAAGAAAGAUGGAGAGGAGAGGGAACCAUUUUCUCCUCUUGUUAAUAAAAUCCACAGCCAGCAAGGAAGACAAACUGUCCAGGAAAUCUUUGUGAAAGCCUCUUCUAGGUUUGAGACGAGUUUAUCCAUUCCUCAGGCAUUGGCAAGAUAUUUGUACAUCAAUGUGCAGGACUUUCCAGAGGCCAUAAAAUGGGCUGAGAAAGCUAAGAACAUUAAGGAAAACCCUUACACCGUUGACACAAUUGGACAAAUUCACAAAAGCAACCUGAGGUCUAACAUUGACAGAGAAAAGCAGAACACUUCACACAACCCAGAAGAUCUGCACAAAAACAUUGAAAUAGCCAAGAAUGGCUGGAAAGCUUUCCGAAGGGCUCAGGAACUGUCAGAUGUUGAGAAUGAAACAGAAGAAGAAGCUCCUGAUGAUGACUCAGAGGACUAUCCCAGAAGGUCCUACAACAUUAAAGGCUAUGUGAGUAUUCUGGAAAUCUCCUUCCUGGUCUUUGAGAUUCUGAGCAGGUUACCUUUCUUUGAAAAACACGAUCAGUUGAAAAAACACUACUUAAAAAGUUUCCUUAAAGGCGGGAUCCCAAUCAACAACGUCCACACAGAGAACAGCAACAUCAACAGCAGAUACGUUGAGAUCAUCAGAGAACAUGAGCUGUUUCUCCUCAAACUGAAAUCUGAAGUCAAAGAAAUUUUUGAUUUUUUGAACUCUUAUUUCACCUACAUUAAACAGAACCCCGAACUGGACACACUGAAUCACAGAAUAGUGAGUGAUCAUUUUAAGAAAUAUGUGGAUCUUUUUUGUGAAACUGCAGAUGAAAGGAGAAAAGAACAGGAAAAUAAAACCAACCUCAGCCUGAAAUUGGACGUUGAAGAAUGUAAACAGUUACUGGAGAGGAACCAAGCAGAUACUUUCUCAGGAAUCCUUCAGUACUUGGACAAACCUCCUGAGGAGAUAGAGCGGAUCACUCAAUGCUAUUCAUUUUUACUGCAAAACAAUGAGAGACAUUUUAAAACUAAAAUCAAUUACAUUAUGUCCAAUAUAGUUCUUUACCACCUAAAAGCAAGAUCUAAGUAUGUGAAGAAGUACAGAGACCUCUGUGCUCUGCUUAAAGACGUUCUGCAACAGGUAACACCUCGAUUUCCUUCCCAGAUCCAUAUUUUCUGGCUCUGCUGUUAUUCUGGCCGAAUCCUACAGAAGAACCCAGUGAUAUAGCUAAAUUUGCUACUGCAAUUCGAAAGUCUUCCCACAAGCAUCUGUCAAAGUUAUUUCAAAAGAGGAGCACCAUCGCCUACUUCUAUUUGGGCAAAGAAAAAGGACUGGAGAGGCUGUUUUCAAAACCUUCCCUGGAUCAGUGUUUUCUGCCAAAGAUGAAUCGAGACGUUUUAGCACAACUUUGGUGGAAUGGAGAUAUAUUUAAGGAAAAAGCCCUCAUCAGCCGCCUUUACAGGGUGAGGGGAACCGUUGAACGGGGGGAGGUGUACGCCAACUAUGGCAAACAGAAAAUCCUAGUGCGACCAGCUCGUAUCUGUGGAACCAGAAGUGGUUUCAGUACUGAAAAGGUCUCUUUCUACAUUGGGUUUGCCAUUAAUGGACCUCUCGCAUAUGAUAUCAAGUAUGAAAACUAGAGAUGAGGACAACCAGACUUGUAAAUCUACAAACUGAACCUGGAUAAGCAGCAAAAAUCGAGGCUUAUCUAAAAGGCAACAAUCCUUCUUGAUUCUUAGCUAUUUCAUGAACAGCACUGAGUGAGUAGAGAAAAUGGAAAGAUCAUUGCAGAUGUGAGCAAUGAAGACAUUUUCCUAAGGAGUAUUUUCCACUGUGUGCCUUUUGUUCUUGAACUAAAUAAUAGCAGUCUGACACUGGGCCACGUACCACAGCACUUUAAGCAGAAACCUGGGCUAGACUCAGCUGUCUUAUCCAAUUCAGAUGCUGUCUCUAAGUUGCUGUUUUUAAGCAUUCCACAGCACAGAAUCAGCUCUGUUAAGUGUUUUUGAUUACAUUGUUUUAGCGGCUGGCUGUGUAAACCAUGUACUCCCAGGUGACACAGUAGACCAUCAUCUCCUGAUUUCACGGCCCAAGCCCUGGGUGGGAAUCAGAGGGUCAGUGGAUGAAGUCCUACCUCUCUAAUAGAAGUUUUUCUGUGAGGACUUUCAGCUCUACCUCAUCCUGUGCUGACCUGCCAUGGGGGGUACCACAAAGCUCUGUUUUUGGGCCACUUCUUUUUCCCUUUACUUUAUGCCAUUGGGAUGUAUUUUGUUGAAAUAUUGGAUUUUGGUCCAUUUAUAUGUUAGUGUUCUUAAGAUUUUAAUUGUUCUCAUCUCUGCCUUGUGUUGUACCUGUUGUGCAGCACCUUCAUGUGUUGUUAUUUUAAAGUGCUAUAUAAAUAAACAUGGUAUAGUGGGAGAUAAUGUGCUAACUGAGGUCAUGGGGGAAUGUUAGUAGGGUCAUCAGACAGCUGAAGCUUUAUCUGACCAUCCCUUCAACAACAAUCUUCAGUAGAAGAGGGAAAAAUAUCUCUGCCUGUGGAUUCAUGGACAACUGUUUCCAUCCUGUCUACAUGGACCCAUUGGACUGGUUCUAAACACAACACAGUAGAAGAACUUCUAUCCCGACCAUCUGAACAGUUUCCAACUGCAUUGGAUGAACCUGAUCCAUUAAUGUUCGAUCAUGUUAUAAUGGCUUGACUCAUGUUUUGUGUUUCAGCAACAGGAACCGUUUUUAAGUUACAAUUAGGAACCUUUAAACCUAUAAAUAGAAGAUAGAUGGUCCUUCACCUCUCAGCUACUUACUAAUACAUUAAACUUUGAAUCAGUAAGAAGACCAUUAUAGACAAGAUCUCAUGACACAGACCACCAUAGGUUUGUGUUUGGGUAAAAUAAUUGAGGUUCUAAGUGAUUUCUGAUAUAAUGUUUUGCUUUUAUUGACCAGCUUUACAGAGUACCAUGGAUUAUCUAGAGACAUUUUAUUUUUUAUUAAGUCUUUCUAUGUUAUUUUAAUGAUGUGUAAUGAAUGUGUUUAAAUCAAUUCUUCAGCAAAUAAUAUUUUCACAUUAUUUCUUACCACUGUUUUUAGUAAUUGAUUAUUAAAGUCUAAUUUAAACUGAUGUUCUGUUCUAGUUGUUGGUUACAGACCUCCACUUCCGACUAAACAGAGUGAACUCCUCAGAUUUGAGGAGAACCUCACCACGGUCAUCCCAACAUUUAUGGGGGAAAAGGAAAAAAAUCUCUAGUUAUUAAAUGAAACCUAAAAUGUCUGUCAUGUGCUUUAGUCACUCAGUUUCUCUUUAGGAGAGACCAGCUAUGUUUGUGGUUUUCCUUUGAGUAUCCAUUUGAUGAAGAGAAUUACAGCGAGUAUAACCCCAAUGCCAAUGAAGUUGAGACUUUGUUUAAAAUGUAAAUAAAACAGAAUACAAUGA